AUGUCUGCCCCUGUUUCCUUUGAAAAAAAUACUAUAAUAGUCAUAUUUGGUGCAUCUGGUGAUUUAGCCAAAAAGAAAACUUUCCCUGCUCUAUUUGGUUUAUUCAGAGAAGGUUAUUUAGAUCCAUCUACAAAAAUUGUAGGUUAUGCUCGUUCAAAGCUAACAAAAGAAGAAUUGCAUGCCAAGAUUGAACCUCACUUAAAGAAACCUCAUGGUGAAAAAGAUGAUCAAAAAGUUAAGGAUUUUUUCAAUAUGACUAAUUAUAUAUCUGGGCAGUAUGAUACGGACGAAGGAUAUUUACAAUUGAACGAUGAAAUUGAAACAUUCGAAAAAUCUCGUAAUAUUUCUAAACCUCACCGUCUAUUUUAUUUAGCCUUACCACCUAGUGUAUUUUUACCUGUUGCUCAACAAUUAAAGAAACUUGUUUAUGCAACAGACGGUAUAACGAGAGUCAUUGUCGAGAAACCUUUCGGUCAUGAUCUACAAUCUGCUAGAAAAUUGCAAGCUGAUCUAGCCCCACUAUUUAAAGAAGAAGAAAUAUUUAGAAUUGAUCACUAUUUGGGUAAAGAACUGGUUAAAAAUUUAAUUCCAUUAAGAUUCGGUAAUAAAUUUUUAAAUUCUUCAUGGAAUAAAAAUUCAAUUCAAAAUAUUCAAAUUUCCUUUAAGGAACCGUUUGGCACUGAAGGACGUGGUGGUUACUUUGAUUCAAUUGGUAUCGUGAGAGACGUUAUGCAAAAUCAUCUAUUACAAAUCCUCACUUUAUUAACAAUGGAUCGACCAAUAUCUUUCAAUGCAGAAGACAUUCGUGAUGAAAAAGUUAAAGUAUUGAAGUCUUUGGCUCCAAUAAGUAAUGACAAUAUAUUAAUAGGGCAAUAUGAUAAGUCAAUUGAUGGGACUAAACCAAGUUAUUUAGAUGAUGAAACAGUGAAACCAGAUUCUAAAUGUGUAACAUUUGCAGCACUAACAUUCCAUAUUAACAAUGAUCGCUGGGACGGUGUACCAAUUAUUAUGAGAGCAGGUAAAGCUCUAGAUUCUGGAAAAGUCGAAAUUAGGGUACAAUACAAAAAUAUACCUACAGGCAUGUUCAACACAAUGCCAAAUAAUGAAUUGGUUAUCAGAGUCCAACCAAAUCCUGCCGUAUAUUUGAAAUUUAAUGCAAAAACACCAGGGUUGUCCGAUACUACUAGUGUCACUGAUUUAGAUUUAACAUAUGAAAAUAGAUAUAGCGAUUUCUGGAUUCCAGAAGCUUAUGAGGUGUUGAUUAGAGAUGCUCUAUUAGGUGACCACUCGAAUUUUGUCAGAGAUGACGAAUUAGACAUAAGUUGGAAAUUAUUCACUCCAUUAUUGAAUUAUAUUGAGAGUUCAGAAGCACCAGCUCCAAGUCUCUACCCUUACGGUUCUAGAGGACCUGAAGGUUUAUCAGAAUACCUAAAGAAAAAUGGCUUUGAUUAUAACGGCACUGAAACUUAUUCCUGGCCAAUUACUUCUCCAAAUUCAACUUAA